UUUUUUUUGUCGGCGUGUUUUCAUACAUAUAGCAUCCUAUCUGAGACGCAGCCUAUAUUAAUUCAAAUACAACCGAUGUGAAUAACAGCUUGAGUGAUGAACUGCUAGCAUUAUUGAUCAGGUGCUGUCGCUCUCGUAGCAUCUGAUUGGUGAAACUUGCCUCGGACGCGCUCGCGUGCACGUGGAGCACGUCUGUGGAGCCGAUGUGAAUGCGCUUUCAAAGUUAAGGUGACCGUCAGACCUCCCAGGAUGUAUCGAUAUCGACAGACACAUGUACGGGCUUAAUUCUGAACCAUACGGGAGCCGUCUUGAUUGACUCUGGCGCACAGGUGUUGAGUCACGCGCCGAUCGCUUCUGAUGAACAGUGACUGCAUGCAAUGUGCGGGAAAUGUGAUCGUGGACUGUCUGAGGUGACUCAUACUAGUUCACAGUGGAGCUGGACUGCACACCCGGACAUCAUUAUGAGGAUGAUCAUGGUGCCGCCGACGCAUUUCAGAGGGGAAGCGCAACUUAUUUUUUCAUCUUGCGCCAUGUAACUUUGGCACCGACAUGUUCACCAGAAUUAAGGGACAGUUUGGACUCGUUUGACGCAUCGACAGUCUUCUCAUUUAAAUUUCACUUGAUCCUGUUCAACGCAAGCACGUGCAGUCCUCGCAAGGAUGCCUGAUGUCCCGGGUCUGUACAUUGGGAUGGAGGCGCUCAUCGCCCUUUCCUCUGUCAUUGGGAAUGUGAUGGUGGUCUGGGCUGUGAGAAUCAACCGAUCUCUACGAGACACGACCAUUUAUUUCAUCGUCAGUCUGGCUCUGGCAGACAUUGCUGUCGGGGCACUGGUCAUUCCUCUGGCUAUAACCAUAAGCAUCGGACUGAAGACUCAUUUUUACAGCUGUCUGCUCGUUGCGUGUACUGUACUGGUGCUAACGCAAAGUUCAAUACUCGCCCUCCUGGCUAUUGCUAUUGACCGCUAUCUGAGGGUCAAGAUACCAAUGAGCUAUAAAAGAGUGGUGACUCCAAAGCGUGCUGGCAUCGCAGUGAUGGCAUGCUGGAUGGUGGCCAUCGUAGUUGGCCUGACGCCCAUGUUGGGCUGGAACAAUCUGGAGAAGCUACGCCAGACCAACAGCAGCUUGGAUGCCGACCUUCUCAUAACCUGUAAGUUCGAGAACGUCAUCAGUAUGGAGUACAUGGUCUACUUCAACUUCUUCGGAUGGGUGCUGCCACCGCUCGUCCUAAUGUUGCUCAUCUACGCUGAGAUCUUCUACAUGAUCCACAAGCAGCUCACCAAGAAGAUCACCACCAACCAGACCGACCCCACUCGAUAUUACGGGAAAGAACUCAAGCUGGCGAAAUCUCUCGCGCUGGUGCUCUUCUUGUUUGCAGUCGGCUGGUUGCCGUUGCAUAUCCUGAACUGCAUCACUCUCUUCUGCCCUAGUUGUAACUAUUCAAUGUCCAUUCUUUAUGUGGCUAUCUUGCUCAGUCAUGCCAACUCCGCCGUCAAUCCCAUCGUUUAUGCAUUCCGCAUUACGAAAUUCCGGAAUGCUUUCGUUAAGAUCUGGAAACAGUAUGUGUGUUGCACGGGGGAGCCACGUCUGGGUGAUCGCCCUGGCUUUCGCAUAGAUAGCAAAGAAAGAAGACUACGAGACAAUGACAUCUGACACUAGGCUAACCAGGUCUCCUCUAUGAGAAGCACUUUUUAUGGUCUACAGGGAAAAUGCACUCUGGGAUGUUUGCUGUCUGUCUAGAGAAUAUGUUUGCCACAGAAAUGAGACAAUCGAACAUUACUGGCAAUCUUUCCUUGAAAACCCAGUCAAUGGUGCAUAGAAUGAAUUGCAUCGUUAGUGAGGGACUAUUAAAUAAAUGAAAAUGGCCUGUUUUAGAGGAACAGCCACACAGUACAACUGGCAUUCACAUCUGUGAAUCUUCAUUCGAUUAUGAUUUUCUUUUGUGCUGUGGUUCAUUCGAAUGUAUCACCUAAAGGGCUUCAUAUAAUGAAUGCAAAACUGCACACUCGUAAAUGUCAGCGCUUAUGAGUACACUAAACUACACUGGUCUUCAGUCAGUAGCAUAACCGCGCUUGAGGACUUUGAAAAAAGGACAUUGAGAAUGUGGUCUGAGGUCAUUUUUAUAUGCCAGCAAAUUCAUGUUUUGAGAAGUGUGGGAUAUAGAGUUAUUUGUCAUUUGCUGCUUGUUAUGACUAGCGCAAAUAGGAGGCAGCUAGGCUCACUUUGCCUUAAAGGGAUAGUUUAUAAAAACAGAAAAUUCUGUCAUCAUUUACACACACUCCUGUCAUGCCGUAUGAGAAGAUAUGUUUAAAAAUGUACGUAGAAUGACAGCCAGAUGAGUUCAAAGUUUUUGGACCGCAAUGACUUUCAUUCAAAACAGUAAUUAAACUGGCUUUUUUUAGCAAAAGAAAAUCAUACUUCAUGACAAAACUUUCAUUUUUGGGUGAACUAUCCCUUUAGGCAGAAAUUUGCUUGAUCCUAUUAGUCUAAUAUCAGCAAUUUUGCUUUUGUGGUGUUAUGACACUUUUUUUUGUAGAUGUUUCAGUCUAAAUGAAAUAGUUGACCUUAUUAAUACUCCUCUCUACUGUGUAUUUAACAGAAUAACCGCUGAAAAUUAACUUGAUGCAUUCUUAUAUUUGUUUUGGUGCGAAAAUCCCAUUUGCGUGAGCAAUUAAGAAAUGCAGCCUUUGUUUGAAAUGAAACAAGACUGUAAGCGGUUUGCAUUUAAUAUUAAGACUGCUUAAAACUGAGGGCCUGAGAAAUGAUAGACCGGAAGGAACCAUAAAUUUAGAUUGAAUGAUACUGCUGCUUGAGGUCUUGUGUGUGGGUUGUUUUUUGUUAAUCACUGUUGAGAUGUUUUGUUAAAGUAUUGAAUGCAUAACUUGAGGACAACCACAGUUGAAUUUAUUAUAUGUUCAGACCUCUAAAAAGUGAAGGACAUUCAGAGCUUUCACUGAAAUUGCUCAUUUCUCCAAGUGUAUUAGAAGAACUACUGAAAUGUUGGUGUCCUCUGAACGGACCCAGAUUUUGACUCUGCAUCCUUGAAAUAGGUGGCAGUGUGUGAAGUGUCCUUUGAACAAGCUCUGAUAAAUGGUUUGACCUUUUCAGGCUGGUCAAUCAAUUCAACACAGUUUCCAGAGAAACAACUAUUCUCAAACUUCCUGGGUAGAUCCAGAGGUGAGAUCAAAGCUGACACGGUGACUUGUGUUUCCGCUUCAUCAAUGGACCUCCGUUUCAAUUUACUGGGUACCAGCUGGAGAAUUUAACUAGUUUAAGUUCAAGGGCAUAAACACUCUGGAUUUAUUAUUUUUAUAUCUAGUUCAAGUGAUUUACAAGUUGCACUUACCUACAUGGAUCAGUUGAGUGUCUUAAUCUAAUACUUAAAAAAAAACUGCAGCUUUAACCUACCCGUGAUGGCAUGCUGUGAGGAACGAUCAAAGUGUUAAUAGUGUUCUCAGAUAACAAUAUUGGUGCAGUCAAAUGAUUAAUCGCGAUUAAUCAUUCAAAACAAGUUUUUGUUUACAUAUGUAUGUGUACUGUGUAUAUUUG